AUGGGUAUCGCUCCAGCUCCGCCUCAGCAGAGCUCCGACUCGGACGGCUACAUCACGAGCGAGAAGGAGACACAGAAUCAGGUUGAACAUGCCACUCUCGCCGUGUCCUCGGAUGAGGAUCCCAACUCCGGGAAGCUCACCAAAGAGGUCAUCCUGGCCUACAUCGCCAUGUGCGGUCAAAUCAACGCCUACAUCAUGUCCAUGCUCAUCCCCGCCACGACGCUCAGCUGGAUCAACGCCGAGCUGGGCCCCGACCCCAACUCGACCUGGAUCACCCUCAACUGGACCUUCGGCGCCUCCCUCAUCGUCUCCAUCGGCGGUCGCCUCUCGGACAUCUUCGGCCGGCGCUACUUCAUGAUGACGGGCGCCCUCAUCUCCAUCGCCGGCUGCCUCGUCGGUGCCAACGGCAAAAGCAUCAACCAGAUGAUCGCCUCCGGCGCGCUCUUCGGUAUCGGUUCCGGUUUCCAGGAACUCUGCUACGCCUGCGUGCAGGAAGUUGUGCCUAACCGGUACCGCAUCGUUGCCGUCGGCGGCCUGGACGUCAGCUUGGCCCUCGCCUUCUCCAGCCCCGUCAUCAGCUACGCCUUCAUCGCCUACCAGGACAUCGGCUGGCGGGGCGCCUACUGGUACCUGUUCUCCUUCCACUGCUUCGCCUUCGUCAUGCUAUUCUUCUUCUACAACCCGCCCGACUUUGAGAUGAAGCACCGCGAGGAUGGUAAGACCAAGUGGCAGCUCGUCAAGCAGAUGGACUGGGUUGGCGUCUUCCUCUUCCUCUGCGGCGGUGCCCUCUUCCUCAUCGGCGUGAACUUUGGCGGCCGUACCUACCCUUGGACACAUCCUGGGACGUUGGCACCCAUUAUCAUUGGCGGAUGCUGCUUCAUCGCUGUCGGUUUCUGGUGUGCUUAUGCCGACCUGAAAUACCCGCUGUUCCCGCCCAAGCUGUUCAGGAGGGUCCGAGAGUUCGACAUGGUCAUCGUCGUCUGCUUUGUUGGUGGUAUGCUCUACUAUAGCAUGAACGUGCUUUGGCCUCGCCAGGCGCAAGCUUUCUUCAUCCCCGAGGACGAGAUUAUCAUGCGAGGUGUUUACGCCAUCAUUUUCUCUUGCGGUACUUGGUCUGCCGGUCUGAUUGUCGUCUUCAUCUGCUCCCGCCUCCACAACGAAAAGUGGCAGCUCGUUGCCUUCACCGUGGUCCAGACGGCCCUCAUCGGGUCCAUGGCAUCUGUAGGCGCCAACGACAAGGCCCAGGCCAUCGUCACUGUGGUGAUUGCUGCGAUGACCAUUACGCCGCCUCAACUUCUCUCUUUCACCAUGUUGUCGUUCGGUCUGGAGGACCAAGCUGACAUGGGUGUCGCCGUCGGUCUUGCCGGAACGUUCCGUCUCUUCGGCGGCGCAGUGGCCACAGCCAUCUACACGGCCAUCUACUCCAACCGCUUCAACGAAGUGCUCCCCGCCGAGCUGACGGCCGCCAUCGAGGCCUCGGACGUGCCCUAUUCGGACACGCUCCUCAGCGACCUCACCAGCGCGGCUGUCGUCAACACACGGGCCGCCUACACGGCGGUCGCGGGCGCCACGCCGGACCUCGUCGACCGCGCCGUCGAGGCUGCCCGCGAGGCCUACGUCAAGGGCUUCAGCCUGGUGUACCUGGUUGCCAUCGCCUUCGGUGCGCUGGCUACCAUUGCGGCGGCGUGCACCGUCAGCACGGACCGGAGCAAGAAGAACAACGAUCGUGCGAUUAUCAUGAAGAAUGAAGUCCAGAAGCAGGAUGCGGCUGUCGAGCACAAGACCGUUGCGUAA